GAGGCGCAGGAGUAGCCCCCAUGCCUGCGGCUACUGCCCCUCCCUCGUCGCGCUUCUUCGACAUCACCAUCUUCGUGGGGCGUAACCGAGCGCCGUACAUCGUCAGCUCCGAGACAUUGCAGGGCAGCGCCUACUUCCGAAUCAAAAUCGAGGGCAUGCGCGAGAAAUUCGACCCGGCCUCGUCGCCAAUUCGACCCUCGCCGCCUCUCGUCGUCGACUGCGAGGAGUCCGUGUUCCAGAACGUGCUGUGCCUGCUUCGCUAUGGCAGCACCGAGGCUCUCCCGCGAAUGGCCGACGCCGAUUUGUUCAGGCUGCGGAAAGAGGUCGAAUUCUACGGCAUCGAGUGGCCCGAGCCCGCCAAGAAUGCCAAAUUGGGAUUGGUGUCGCCCAAAGUCACUUCCCCGCUUCCAAUUCCUGCGACUGCUGCUGCUGCUGCUGCUGCUGGCCCCGUGAGCACCAGCACUCCUCCGUCCCUCGCCAGACCCUCCUUGUCGGCGAUGGCGGCUCCGACCCAACGCCACAUUUCGGUGGCGGAAUUUCCAGAUUUUCCCAGCGAGAUCGGCGAUCCGGCGAAGCUGAUUCUGGUGCAGAGAGCCGACGAUGAUUCCAGAGCCAGAUGCAGCUGCACGCCGCUCGAUCAGCAGUCGACAUGGGCUCUGAGCUUCUACCAUCGCCACGCGUUUUGCACCGGGUGCAGCAAUCCGUCGACGAAUUCCAUCUCUCCCAGAUUUCUCGCCGAGAUGUUCAUGGCAGCCGCGGCCUUCUACUCGAGCGACCACAAAUUGAACAGCAAGUGGGGCGUGGGCUGCGACUCGACCUGCGGGCUCAAGUUCCUCAACGCGCGCUCCUGCUGCACCUGCUCGUGCUCCCGCCACAGCACCGUCUGGGUCGUCAGCACGUACCACUCGCACGCCUUCUGCUCGCAGUGCGGAGUCCACGCCGAUGGCGCCACUCUCAUCUGCAUUCUGCUCACGGUUCGCUAUGGCGGCUUGCACCGCUCGCCGUCCAAAGGCAAGCGCUGCGACCACAUUUCGGCCGUCGACAUCCCCAUCAGCAGCCGAGAGGCUCCCAAGCUCCAACCCGCGCCUUCUUACAAGCAGCGCUCGUCGCCCGAAGCGCAAAUUCCUCGAAACUCUCGACUGUCCUAGACUCGUCCUCGUGCUGUGCAUAGCAAUUCGUAGAAGCUGUUCAGCCACAUUCGUGUACAUAAUACUUCCGAGUCCAUCGCGACUCUCUCUCCCAUCCGCGAUUUCUUUCGUCUUUGUGGAUCGCAGUGUGACAAUAAAAUUCACCGUCCUUCAUUAAA